AUGGCCGUAAUGAUGCCGUUCGUGUCGGUUGCCGUGUCUAUAUUGUACACGCCGUUCUUACUUCUAAUAUUGUGUGUUAUUUUUCUGGCAUCUAUUGGAAAAUCUUUGGGUGUUCGACGGCUGUAUGUGAACAUUCUGCUUAAACUUUUCGAGUAUGGAAGGCAGCACAUUGAAGUGGCGAAACGUCUGCAGAGGCACGACAGUUCGGACGAGGAUGAUGGCCCGCCGGAACCGGACCGGCCACCGUCCGCGCUCGUCAAGGAGAACGGUGUGAAUGGCACAAAGAUGACGGUGAUAGAGCGGCAGGAGAUACUCGGCCCGUCGCCGGAACUCAAUUACAAGAGGAGUAAGAGUCAAGACAGGCUGCCCAAUGGUCUGCUGAUUGAGCAGAUUAAGCCUGAGAACAACCUCGAAAUGCACGUGUUCCACUGUCUCGAUCUGGUCAAGGCGGGCAUGGAGUCGAUCAUUGAAGACCAGGUCACCUCCGUCUUCGAGGCCGAAGAGUUGAGGAGUUGGAACCUGCUCACCAGGACUAAUAGGCAAUACGAAUUUCUAACAUGGCGCCUCACAAUCAUAUGGGUGAUGGGUUUCAUUGUACGAUACUUCUUCUUACUACCACUGAGGAUACUCAUAUUCGUUAUUGGGGUGAUCGCUACACUAGUCAGCAUGACGCUAAUUGGCCUACUACCGGAGGGCAAAAUACGUCGCACACUCGGGGGCAUCGCCUACAAGCUGGCGAACCGUAUGUUAAUACGAAGCGUAUCUUGCGUCGCCUACUACCAUGAUACGCAAUACAAGCCGUCGUCUAACGGCUUCUGCGUCGCCAACCACACCAGUCCGAUCGACGUCAGCGUGCUGAGCAUGGACAUGUGUUUCUCUUUGGUGUGGUGGCUGAUAGUCAGCACGGCCAUUGUCGGCACGCUACCGGAUGGCGCGUUCAAACAGCGCGUGAACAAUUCAAUGUCGCUGAUGUGCUUCAACUUUCUGUCGCGUUGUAUUAGCGCCGUGAUAACUUAUCACAACGGGGACAGGUAUAAGCCGAAGAGCGGGAUAUGCGUGGCCAAUCACACGAGCCCGAUCGAUGUGUUGGUGCUCAUGUGUGACAGCUGUUAUUCGUUGAUUGGUCAAAGACACAACGGAUUCCUAGGGCUCUUACAAAGGGCCCUGGCUAGGGCUUCGCCCCACAUUUGGUUCGAGAGAUCGGAGGUUAAAGACAGACACGCUGUUGCUAGACGACUAAAAGAGCACAUAUCCGUAGUGGACAAUCCGCCGAUCCUGAUAUUUCCCGAAGGCACCUGCAUCAACAACACGUCGGUUGUGCAAUUCAAGAAGGGCAGCUUUGAAGUCGGCGGCACUAUAUACCCUGUGGCUAUCAAAUACGACGCACGCUUCGGCGACGCGUUCUGGAACAGCUCCCGAUACGGGAUGCUGCAUUACUUACUGAACAUGAUGAGCUCGUGGGCGAUAGUGUGCGACGUUUGGUACUUGCCGGCCAUGACUCGCGGCCCGCAAGAGAGUGCCGUCGAUUUCGCUAAUAGAGUGAAGGCGGCUAUAGCGAGGCGCGGUGGACUCGUUGAUCUGAUGUGGGACGGCCAAUUGAAACGCAUGAAGGCGAAAAAAGAGUGGAGGGAGUUACAGCAAGAGGAGUUCAGUAAGAGAUUAAAAGGGGAGUAGUUUAGUGUCUACCACAGACGGGAAUGAACCUAGACCCACGCGUGGGACACUCGCGUUAUGUACGGGGGGAUCGAGUGAUAAACAUGCGAAAAAAUCGAACAUUUCUGAUGUGUAUAUGCAGUAUGUCAUGUAGUUGUUAGUCAAUUUUGUGUUGUGUACUGGAAAAAAAUGUGUGCGUGUACUAGAGAAACUUCUUUAUGACCUUAUUUUUCAAAAAUAAUUUACUAUAUUAUGCAACUUUACAGAAAUACGAAUCACGCGUGG